CAGUCAGGACUUCUGUAGGGCAGGGCCGCCUCCUAUCCUGCCAGGCGGGGGGAGUGACACGGGGAAUAUAGGUGACGUCCGCUGGUGAGAAACACCUAGCGCAGGUAACAGGGUGGCGGCCAGAGGGAGUUCCCACCUGUUGCUUUCUUAGAGAAAUAAGACUUAAUACCAAGGAGGGGCCACUCAAGUGCCUUUCAGACGCGUCUCGAGCCCCACCCUCGGCCAGGGGAAAAGCCCCUUGGGAGAGACACAGGAGACUCAGAGAAACCCAGAAGAAAAGCGCCUCUCCGCGCUCCACCUCCUCGCCUCGCACUCCUCUUCCUCAGCAGGCCCAGCGCGCGGCCGCGACCUCUCCCCGCCAAGCCCUCCACCGGGCCUGCGGGAGCCUCGGCCGGCGACUUGCCCCGCAGCCCUCUCCCAUGGCCGCGGCCAGACCCCGGAGCUCCCCGAGCGGAGCCCUCUGCGGGCAGCUUCUGCUGACCCUCAUGAUCUUAACACUUGCCUGUGAUGCCUGCAAAAAAUUUACACUUCAUGUUCCUUCCAAACUAGAUGCUGAAAAAUUUAUUGGUAGAGUUAACCUGAAGGAGUGCUUUAGAUCUGCAAACCUGAUUCACUCAAGUGAUCCCGAUUUCCGAGUUUUAGAAGAUGGCUCAGUUUACACAACAAAUGCUGUACACUUGUCCUCAGAGAAGAGAAAUUUUACCAUAGUUCUUUCCAACGCUGAAAACCAAGAGAAGAAAAUGGUUGUGGUUUUAGAGCAUCAAACAAAGGCGCUUAAGAAAAGGCAUUCUAAAGAAAAAAUUCUCAGACGUGCCAAGAGAAGAUGGGCUCCUAUUCCUUGCUCAAUGCAAGAGAAUUCCUUGGGUCCUUUCCCACUUUUUCUCCAACAGGUUCAGUCUGACACGGCACAAAACUACAAUGUGUACUACUCCAUAAGAGGGCCUGGAGUUGACCGAGAACCUAUAAAUUUAUUUUACGUAGAGAGAGACACUGGAAACCUGUAUUGUACUCGUCCUGUGGAUCGUGAGCAGUACGAAUCUUUUGAGCUAAUUGCCUUUGCAACAACUCCAGAUGGGUAUACUCCAGAACUUCCACUGACCAUAGUAAUCAAAAUUGAGGAUGAAAAUGACAAUUACCCAAUUUUUACAGAAACAGCUUACGUUUUUACAGUUGCCGAAAAUUCCAGGAUUGGUUCUACUGUGGGGCAAGUAUGUGCAACUGACAAAGAUGAACCUGACACGAUGCAUACGCGCCUGAAGUACUCCAUUAUUGGGCAGAUUCCAGCAUCACCCACUCUGUUUUCUAUGGAUCCAAAAACUGGUGUCAUCACCACGUUAUCAUCUCAGCUAGAUAGAGAGUUAAUUGAUAGAUACCAGUUGAAAAUAAAAGUACAAGACAUGGAUGGUCAAUAUUUUGGUUUGCAGACGACUUCAACUUGUAUCAUCAAUAUUGGAGACGUGAAUGACAACUUGCCAACAUUUACUCAUACUCCUUAUGUGACAUCAGUAGAAGAAAAUACAGUUGAUGUGGAAAUCUUCCGUGUUACUGUUGAAGAUAAAGAUUUAAUUAAUAGUCCUAAUUGGAGAGCUAAUUAUACCAUUUUAAAGGGCAAUGAAAAUGGAAAUUUUAAAAUUGUAACAGAUAGCAAAACCAAUGAAGGAAUUCUGUGUGUGGUUAAGCCUCUGAAUUAUGAAGAAAAACAAAAGGUAGUCCUGCAAAUUGGUGUAGUUAAUGAAGCACCAUAUUCUAGAGAGGCUACUUUGAGAUCAACCAUGAGCACAGCGACAAUUACUGUUAAUGUGAAAAACCAGGAUGAGGGCCCAGAGUGUAGCCCUCCAACACAAACUGUUCGAAUUAAAGAAAAUGCCCCCGUGGGAACAAAGAGUGGUGGAUAUAAGGCUUAUGACCCAGAAAGCAGAACUAGCAAUGGCAUAAGGUAUAAGAAAUUAAGUGAUCCGAAAGGGUGGGUCAAUGUUGAUGAAAAUUCAGGAUCAAUCACAGUUUUUAGAAGCCUGGAUAGAGAAGCAGAGGACAUCAGAAAUGGCAUAUAUAACAUCACAGUUGUUGCGUCAGACACAGAUAGAAGAUCAUGUACUGGGACACUGGGAAUUAUCCUUGAAGAUGUGAAUGACAAUGGCCCAUCCAUACCUAAACAGACAGUGAUAAUCUGUAAAGCCACUAUGUCAUCGGCAGAGAUUGUUGCUGUUGACCCUGAUGAACCCAUAAAUGGCCCACCCUUUGCCUUCAGGCUGGACAGUGAUUCUGAUUCAAAUGUGCAGAGAGCGUGGGAACUGAAGAAAAUUAAUGAUACAGCAGCACGUCUUUCCUACCGGAAUGACCUUCCCUUUGGCUCAUACAAAGUGCCUAUCAGAGUUACAGAUAGACAGGGCCAGUCUAAAGUGACUUUAGUAAACGUUUGUCUAUGUGACUGUAUUACUGAAAAUGACUGCACAACUCGUACACCAAGAAUUGGCAACGGAGAUGUGAAACUUGGAAAGUGGGCCAUCCUUGCCAUAUUGUUGGGCAUAGCAUUGCUAUUUUGUGUUCUAUUUACGCUAGUCUGUGGGGCUUCUGGGACAGACAAAAAGCAAAAAGUGUUUCCAGAUGAUGUAGCUCAGCAGAACCUAAUUGUGUCAAAUACUGAAGCUCCUGGAGAUGACAAAGUGUAUGCCACAAAUGGCUUUACAUCCCAAGUGGUGAGCAGUUCCGCUCAGGCAGUUUGUGGCACCAUGGGAUCAGGAGGAAAAACUGGAGGACAGGAAACCAUCGAAAUGGUGAAAGGAGGACACCAGACCUUGGAAUCCUGCCAGGCGGCAGGGCAUCACCACACCCUGGAGUCAUGUAAGGGAGGUGGACAACAGACGCUGGAUUCCUGUCGGGGAGGACACGUGGAGGUGGACAACUGCAGAUACACUUGCUCGGAGUGGCAUAGUUUCACUGAGCCCCGUCUUGGUGAAAAGGUGCAGCUGUGUAAUCAGAAUGUCGAUGGUAAUCCUGUUCAAGACUAUGUCCUUACGUACAACUACGAAGGCAGAGGAUCAGUGGCUGGCUCUGUAGGUUGUUGCAGUGAGCGGCAAGAUGAUGAUGGGCUCGAAUUUUUGGAUCACUUGGAGCCCAAGUUUAGGACACUAGCAGAAACAUGCGUAAAGAGAUGAGCAUGCUCUGGGAAGUCUACAAAAGCCAAUGUCAUUACUGCCUUUUUGUUGAUUUUCAGCUGCAAGCCAGGACUUUUUAAAAGUGGAAGAUGCUGUAUUUGGGGCUUUCCCCCUUUAUUUUGCUGGAAGCUUAUUGGCUAAGUGCACAUUUAUAGAGAGACAGACACUGUAAAUAAGUAUACACAUUGUCCAGUUUUUGCAUAGAUUUUACUUGGAUUGCCUUCCACCCAAGGAAAUCUGCAGAUAGAAAAACCAAGGAAAUCCCCGUUGUUGUUUACAUUUGGGUCUAAUGACAACAAUUUAUUGUGCAUUAAAAUUUAAUUAAGUCGACAUUAUAGACUACUUGAAGUACAAUCUAAUACUAGAGAAAUUGCUUUAACGUUAUCUCCAGUUAGCCAGUUGUUUGUGUGGUGCUUAAACAAUGUUCUUCUCCCAAACAUUCUAAACUGUAUGUAUUACAUUCUUGGUAUUGUCUUACUCUUCUAGCGUGACCUUUCCGCAUAAUGCAAAGGGAGGCUUCCUAUCAGGCAUUGACUGUUAUUACAGUACCAGUUUACUGGAGUUUAGUUUCUAGGUUCGAUUCUAUAGAAAAUCCUGUGCAGAAUUAUAUUUCUGUUACCAACUUUGAAAUUUAAGUUUGAAAAAUGCUUUUGGAAUAUAUUUUUACGCUUGCUAGUUUUUGGUCUUUGAAAUGCCAAAUGGUGCCUGUCUGUCAUUCUCUUUCCCUUCUUUCUGUCUUUAAAAUGUCCUGCCGGAGAUGUAUAAUCCAAAUAUUUUUAAAAGUUAUAUUUGUCUUCUCUGAUAAAGUGAAUUAUUUCUUUUUUGUUUUGUUUUGUGUUAAGUGUAUAUACAUUCUGCAAACCCAUGUCAUGUUACCUUUAUUGUUUCAAAUAUCUUGGUGAUAGUUUCACUAUGUCCUCAACAAAGAACCUUUAAUUAUGUCAUUGAAACUGUAGAACUGUGUCAUGUUUUAAUUGGAAACAACACUCUAUAUCAACAGAAGGAAUGGUGUAAUUAAAACUGGGAUGUGGAUAUUUAGCACAUAAUAGCACAUUUGAAGUUCAUAUAUUUAGUAUAGGCUAUUUUUUUAUUGUCUAUAAAUGCAAAACAGUGACAGUUUUUUGAAAUAAGGUCUCCUGAAAACUAUCUUGGGAUAACUAUUUUAUACCUUUUUAGAUGAGAUGGCUAGUCACAUAUAGGUGAUUGUAAAGAUUUUUUUAAUAUUUCAAAAUUAUAGCCUUUAUAAAUGUAGACGUGGGCCAAAUGAUUUAAAUUUUGAAAUAAGACAAAAUUAAAAUUAGUAAUCAAUAAAAACCCAGGUCAGAUUUUAUGACAGAUUUCAGUCAAUGGAUUCUAUAUGUAUAUUGACUAUACCGACAUUUAUGUAUAUCUAAUCCAAUUGUUAAUAAUGUGCGUGUCCUGAAUUCCCAAGGUGGCUUAUAACAUUUAUUUUUAAGGAUUAACAUUGAGUAGUUAAUUCAAUAACUAGUUUAUAUAUUUUCAAUAGUUUCAUUACUGCUCCAUCAAAACAAAGAUUUGCCGAAGUUAUUUUUAAUAAAUUAUAUUCAAAGCUCUUGUCUAUUACUAGUGCUGGUAAAGUAAUUUUAAAAGUUUGUGUGAGAUUGUUAAUAAUAUUUCUAGUAUAAGUUUAAGGGAUUGCAUUUUUCUUAUUUGGAGAAGCGAGUGCCUGCUUUAGAAUCCUGUGAUGUGUAUGUAUA